CAAGACUUCAAGUCAACAAAAUUUAUGGAUGACAAGAAAAAAAUAAAUAAUGAGCGAAGUGAUACGGUAUUUUUAUUUUAUGGAAUAACUUGUUAAAAAUUGAAUUCAAACGUUAAUUUUGCGUAGCUAUUCUCAAAUAAUUUCAAAAUGGAAACUUUAAUCGGCAUCGCUUGUAAUGAUUUCGUUAUUUUGGCCUCUGAUAUGACCCAUGUCAACAGUUUAUUCGUAUUGAAAAACGACGAAGACAAACUGUAUAGAAUUUCUAAAAAACUCAUAAUGACUGUAACCGGAGAAGCAGGAGAUACCGUACAGUUUGCCGAAUACAUAGCAAAAAACAUUCAGCUCUACAAGAUGAGAAAUGGCUAUGAAUUGUCUCCGAAAGCCGCCGCUACUUAUACCCGCCGUAAUUUAGCUGAAUAUCUUCGUAGUAGAACUCCGUAUAAUGUAAAUUUAAUGUUGGGAGGAUACGAUGAAAAAGAAGGAGCUUCGUUGUAUUUAAUCGAUUACUUAGCAUCAAUGAUACAAGUUCCCUUUACGACUAAUGGUUAUGGUGGAUUAAUCACGCUCAGUAUCCUCGAUCGCUAUUACAAACCAGAUUUAACGGAAGAUGGCGCGUAUAAUCUAAUUUUGAAGUGCGUUCAAGAAAUCCAUAAGAGAUUAGUGCUGAAUUUGCCCAAUUUUAAAGUCACAGUUGUGAACAAAGAUGGCAUUAAGAACCUGCCAGAUAUAACUCCUAGAACAGAACCAAUUUGCAACUAAGUUAAUUCGGUUUUCGGUUAUUUUCUUUUAUUCUACAUUUGUAUCGUCAAUAAAUAUAUUUAAUUUUCA